AUGACAAAUAUAAUAAAGCAAAAUAGAAUAGUGCAUAAUGUAAAAUUAAAACAGGAAAAUAUAGAACUCCGGAGUAAUAUCGAACUGCACAUCCUAGAACUUGAUAAUAUGAGACUUGCAUACGAUACGGAAACACAGGAACUCCAUAAGGAGAUAGACAGACUCGAGAACCUUGUGGGCUCCUUGAUAUCUAAGUUUCAAGAGUCUCAAGAGAUGGUUGAAAAGUACUCAUCUACUAUGGACGACCUCAUCAAGCUCUCCACAUACACAGCAGAGUAUUAUGAGUCACAGAACAUCAGCUCUUGUGACCCUGUAGGCUUCUUGAGUCACAAAUCUAACCCCUCUCCUCUAGUUCCCAAAACACUGGUUAAAGAAGCAUGA